AAAGAAUAAUAAGAACAAGAAGAAGGAGGAGAAUUAAGAGAGAAUGGGAAGGCAACCAUGUUGUGAUAAGUUGGGAGUGAAGAAAGGGCCAUGGACAGCAGAGGAAGAUAAGAAGUUGAUAAAUUUUAUAUUGAACAAUGGGCAGUGUUGUUGGAGGGCAGUGCCGAAGCUCGCCGGACUUUCAAGAUGCGGUAAGAGUUGUCGUCUCCGGUGGACUAACUAUCUUCGGCCGGACCUUAAAAGAGGCCUAUUUACUGACUCCGAAGAACAACUUGUUAUCGAUCUUCAUGCUCGUCUUGGCAACAGAUGGUCUAAGAUUGCGGCAAAAUUACCCGGGAGGACAGAUAAUGAGAUAAAAAAUCACUGGAAUACACACAUCAAGAAGAAGUUAAUGAAGAUGGGGAUUGAUCCUGUGACUCAUGAACCACUCCAUGAGAAGAAAGAUGGUAAAGAAGAGAGAGUUGAAGUGAAGUUAGAGGAGGAAAAAGAGAAGAAAAGACUAGAGAAUUCAAGUAUGAAUGAUGAGAACUUGAUGGAAAGCUUUUUGUGGGGAAGUAAUGAUAAUUAUAAUAGUAAUAAUGUUGAUGUCAUUGGUGAAUCAAUGUGGAGUUUUCCAAACAAUGAAUUGGAGGACUUUAAUAGUGUGAUUGGAAUGUCUCCAUUGGAGGAAACUUGUGAAUGGUUGUUUGAUUAUCAAGGCUUUGGAGUGUUGGGAGAUGGAUUAGGAAUUUGAAUUAAAACAAAAAAAAAACAAAAA